CUGUUUUUAGAUCAAUAAAGUACGGUAUCUUGUAGCUGUAGGUAACGGAAGCAUCUCAUCUCUGUGUUUUUGGCUAAAUACGGAAGGGCUAGUUUAGGAAAAGUAAAGUAUACUUUCAACUUUGUACUGUCUUAUAUUUUUGUAAACUUUCCCGGAUAUAUUUAAAGCUGCAAGGAUGUCCUUGAUCUUGGCUCUUCCAUGAUAUGAAUCAGCCUGACCCAAGUAACGCGUCUGUUGGAGGCAACUCGGCAUCGAAUUCUGAAGGAUUAUGCAAAAAUUCUGACGGUAAAACUCAACAAAACCCAGGAAUGAGAGAAGACUCGGGGCAAAAUGCAGCUACAAGUUCAAAAGUCACAUCUUUCCCAAUCGGUAACACGGAUAAUGGAGCUGGAAAUGGGAAGGAUGUCGGUCGAAAGAAAUCUGUCAAAAUUGAUGGUUUCAACCAACCGAAAAGCAAACACAAGGAUAAGAAAAUCUCAAAAGCAAUAACCCAUGAAGUGGAAAAGAAGAUAAGUAAAUGCAAAGAAGACAAAGCACUGCGAUUGGAUUUAAGUAAAUCAGAACUUAUUACACUAUCCACACAUAUCAAGGAUUUAACACAACUCGCAGAGCUUUUUCUUUACAAAAACAAACUUAUCAGAAUACCGGAAGAAUUGGGAAAUUUGACAAAUUUAAAAACACUAGCGCUCGCCGAAAAUCAUCUUACUACUUUACCAGAUUCAUUGUCAAGUCUUCAAAAUUUAAAGAUGUUAGACUUGAGACACAAUAAGUUGCGAGAUAUUCCUUCAGUCGUGUAUACUAUGACAUCAUUGGGAAUUUUAUAUCUUCGUUAUAACAAAAUAACGUCGAUAAAUCCAGCAAUUAAAAAUCUCAAACUCCUAACACAAUUAAUUGUCAGAGAGAACAAAAUAAAAUUUUUGCCUUCAGAAAUUGGGCACCUAGUGAAUCUUGUUACAAUCGAUGUUUCAUUUAAUGAAUUAGAGCACGUACCUUCAGAAUUAGGGAACUGCAAAUUGGCGACAUCGUUAGAUUUACAACAUAAUAAAUUGACAACAUUGCCUGAAUCAUUAGGAAAUUUAACCAAGCUAACGCGUCUUGGUCUCAAAUAUAAUCAAUUGAAGGGAUUGCCGAAGUCACUGCAACAAUGUAUUGAACUCGAUGAACUUAAUCUUGAAAACAACAACAUACCUUCAUUGCCAGACGGAUUUCUCAGCAGUCUUGUAAAGCUCACAAGUUUGACUCUUGCGAGAAAUGAAUUUGAAUCCUAUCCUGUUGGUGGACCUGCUCAAUUCCACUGUCUUGUCUCACUCAACAUGGAACAUAAUCAGGUGAACAAAAUACCUUUCGGCAUUUUUUCAAGAGCGAAGCAUUUGUCUAAAUUAAACAUGCGUAGCAAUCAACUUACUUCACUACCACUGGAUGUCGCCACAUGGACCAGUAUGGUUGAACUGUGUCUUGCUUCAAACCAAUUAACUCGCCUGCCUGAUGACAUUGGCAGUCUUUCUUCAUUAGAGGUACUGAUUGUAAGCAAUAAUUUGUUGAAGAGGAUUCCUCCGGGCAUUGGGAAUCUUGAUAAACUCAGAUUCUUAGAUUUAGAGGAAAAUCGACUUGAGAGCCUUCCACCUAAUAUUGAACAUCUGAAGCAGCUCAAAAAACUGAUGCUGCAAGGAAACCAACUGACGGUGCUGCCUCGUGGUCUCGGACAUCUUGCGAGUCUCACAGUGUUAGCAGUUGGAGAAAAUCAGAUGGUAACACUUCCAGAAGAAAUAGGAAACCUUUCAUCACUCGAAGAACUUUAUUUGAAUGAUAAUCCUCUACAAGACCUGCCUUUUGAACUCGCUUUGUGCAAGAAGUUAGCACUCAUGUCCAUUGAGGGAUGUCCAUUGAGUCAGAUACCACAACCAUGUGUGGAAGGAGGUCCAAGCACAAUCAUGCAAUAUCUAAGAGUACAUGGACCAUAUCGCACAAUGGUGUAAAACACGAGCCCCAAUAUGGGUCAAUAAUAAGUUAGCCCAAUUUGAACCCUUCGAGCAAGAUCUCAACACUAGUGUCAUGAUGUGUAUUUAUCUAAUGCGGUGUUGAUGCUAAUUUGCGAAAAGUAUUAUGCUUGCGUGUAUAAAAGAGUUGUGUUGGUCUGGUAUGUUUUCAUGACAUUACCAUUGGGAACGAUUACCAUGGCACAUACCUGUAUGCUGUUGUGACAAUGUUGGAAUGGAACAGACUUUCCCUGCUUGCUUUUCUGCUUUUAAAUUUGUAAGAAUCGUCAAAGGCAUAACACUUGCCGCAAAUGUUUCAUUUAAUAAAGGUACCAUGCCUUCUUUCUCUGUCUUGCGUUAUUUGCACUAAAUUGUGUCAGUUAUUAUCAAUCUUAUUGUUAUCAUUUUUUUCUUGUUUUAAAUUCUGCACAAACAAUGUCAGUGCUAAUACAAUGAAAUAGUCGUUAUUAUUCGCCCCUUUAUUAUAUUCAAAAUUUCCAAUCGCUUUUUUGGUUAUCAUGCAUGCUUUUUAUCCUUUCAAGCAUAGUCCUUGCUUCUAUGGGUUUUGCAAUGAAUUUAAAUUUCAAUGAUACACAUAGGUAUGUCUUUAUUUCAUGUUGGACUCAUGGGGUUAACUUGAAUCAAAAUAUACCUAAUUUACAAUUUUCUAAUGCUGCCAAUAUGAUCUUUCACAGAUAAUAUAGUAAAAUUACUAUUUGGGUGUUAGCAAAAGACAUUUGACAUAUAUUUUUUUACGUGUUGAAGGAAUAAAAUUUGUUAUAUAAACACAGGCUAAAAAUAGUCAUACUCAAUUAAAUUUGUACUAUGUUCUUACUGCCUUUUAUCAUAACUUACAUUUCCAAGUUUAUCUGAUUAGCUCUAGACACAGAACUUCUAAACAUGGUUUACGCUUUGAAUCUAUAACAGUAAUGAGUGUGUAUCAUUAUGGCGGUGCUUCAUAAACUUUGGGGUAGCAAGAAGUUGCUCUGCGCUCAGUUUUCCAUUUUGCCUGGAUUUCAUUCAUUUAAUUCACAAGUUUCACACGGUAACCUAAUAAUUCAUGCUUAUUUUUAUUGUUUUUGCAACAGUGAUUUUUUCUUUGAAUAACUUUUUUUAAUCGCUUACCACAUACUUCAUAACUGACUGAAUUUAUCCAGUUACAGUGAUAAGUGUAUUUCUAAGUGUAACUCUGUACUGCAUAUAUAAACAAAGCUUGUCCUCAAUGCCCAUACUUAUUACAGCAUGAUUUGCAAGCUUUAGGACUUUAAAAAAGUGAUCCCAUUAGUCAGUGUUUAUUUACAUGACUGUUGAUAAUAAUAAUGGUAAUCAAUAAUUAAAUUUGAAUUUAAAAUGAAACGUAAAUUUUUUAAAUAAUUCUGCAAAAUUAAAAAAAGAGAAAAUAAAAAUCGAUUGUCCACACAAAAUUUCCAUAUCCUCACACAUUUCAUGAUAGAGCUACUGACUUGCCAAGCAGGUAAAGUUCAUUGUUAUUGAUUACAAGUUUUAUUCUUGUUUUCAUAAUAGGACAUUUUUUUCUAUGUCAACCCUUUUAUUAAUGGGAUCUUCCUACAUGUUUUGACUGAACAUAGCAUAUUUGAAUAAGUUUUGAGUUGUAUCAAACACUAUAGCUGGCAAUUCGCAAAAGUCUUUCCUGUCACUUAUCCUUCCUUGGAUUAAAUAGCUGCUCAAUGAUGUAUACCCUAAUUAAUUGAAACGAAAAACAAAAUAAUCGCUAUUCAUUUAUGUAUAUGGGAUCCCACUGAGACAUAAAAGUAAAGUAUAGGGAGAGUAGGGAUAUAUGAGAGGAGAGGCUUAUAUUCUAUGCACCUCUCAUACCUGACUUUUGUAUUCUUUGAUGAACAUUUCGUGUUACAGAUUAAAUUUGAAUCAAAAUAGAUCUUUGCUGGCCAAUUUUGGUAUUUCUUUUACUGGCAUAAAACAUGAUGAAAUUUGGAUACAUUUUGAAGCCUUGCUAUGCUUAUAAAAUUUAUGAGUGUUCUUUUUUCAAGUGUCAACCGGGCAAAUUUUAUUUUUUUUGUUGUUAUAUUCUUGUUUUUAUUAAUUAUUUGGUAUCAUUAGUGUUGAGUUUUAUAAAUUCGUCAACAGGUUUAUAGUUAUUCGAGAAUUUGAAGAAGGAAUUUCAAGAAAAACAAUUUCUCUAUUCCCAGUGGAUUAAGUAAAGAUCAUAUAGAAGCAGUAUUUUACUAUUAAAUAAUAGAAUCAGGUCUAGUCUGACGAUCUACCAUUUAAAAUAUGGUGAAAUUUUCUCACCUGCUUGGUGUUUUGUCCACAGACAACUUCUUGAUAUGCUGCUUGGUGAGACCAUCUUGCUUACUGUUUUCUUUGAUAGUCGUUUUAAUUAUAAUGGUUUUGGUUUUACUUUGCAAAUUAUUGUUUGUAAUCAUGCAGUUUUCAAACGGCAAAUAUAUUUGUACUAACAAAAUUC